GAGUUCGAGCGCAUUUUGUUCUGCGACCGGCCGCCAUACUCAAACAAAAAGAUUGAGAUGAAAAGAUAAAUUUUUAUUUAUUGGGUGUUGUUGAAAGUGUUUUAAUUUGCUAAAUGAGUUCUAAAUCAGAUGUAAAUAGAAGAGUACUCGCCAUCCAGGCGAAGAAAAAACGUCAUAAAUUGGGCAAGAAGAAAAACCGUGAGGAGGAUCACGGCGGUGGUGGACAAGGAAACGGGCUGCGCAACCAAAACCAAACCCGUUUGGAACCAACACAUAGUUCUUCCAAUGAAACGAUUGAAGAGGAUGCUUCUGUAUUCGAACAAUACGCGAGUGACGAUGAAGAACAAGAAGACAGUGCUGAUUACUGUAAGGGUGGAUAUCAUCCUGUCAAAAUCGGGGACUUGUUCCUGAAUCGGUACCACGUCACUAGAAAAUUGGGUUGGGGCCAUUUUUCAACAGUAUGGUUGUGUUGGGAUCUCGAAGACAAACGAUUUGUGGCGUUAAAAGUGGUCAAAUCGGCUCCCCACUUCACAGAGACGGCAUUAGAUGAGAUUAAAAUACUGAAAGCGGUGCGGGAUAGCGAUCCUUCUGACCCUAAAAGGAAUAAGACUGUACAGCUUCUUAAUGAUUUUAAAAUUACUGGUGUAAAUGGGACGCAUGUGUGCAUGGUGUUUGAAGUAUUGGGACAUCAUCUACUUAAGCUGAUACUGAAAUCCAACUACAGGGGCAUCCCACGCGAAAAUGUUAAAACUAUCAUCCGUCAAGUUUUAGAGGGUUUGGAUUAUCUCCAUACUAAAUGCAAGAUUAUCCAUACUGAUAUAAAACCUGAAAAUGUUUUGGUUUGUGUGGAUGAAACUUACAUUCGUAGAUUGGCAGCUGAAGCUACGGAGCUACAUUCAUUAGGUUUGAGACUACCACACUCGCUUAUUAGUACAGCUCCUAAAGAAUUUCAAGAGCAAGUAGUAACUGGUAAAAUGAGUAGAAAUAAAAAGAAAAAAUUAAAGAAAAAAGCUAAACGUCAGUCUAUGUUGCUUAAGAAACAAAUGGAGCAAAUAGAAGAAAUUGAAGAGCAAAAGAAAGUUGAGGUUAAUGAGUCAGCUCCUAUGUCCCAAGAUAAUGAUGAUUCACCACAGACUCCAGAGGAAGCCAGUGUCAUUGAGACUACUCGUUCAGAAAAUGAUACUUUGAAUGGCUGCACUGACAUAAGAAGAACAGAUGAUGAGGCAUUUGACACGGACGCAGAAGCUGUUCAGGUACGAAAUAAACAAUAUGGCUGUGGCGAUGAUGCAAGUACACCUAUGUCAGAAGGCGAGAUGACAGACACACCCCCAUCUCUUAAUUCGCAAUCCUUAAAAGAAAAGAAUGCUGAUAAGCAACCUGAUCCUGCCUUUGAUGUAUGUGAUUUAGAGGUGAAGAUUGCAGAUUUGGGUAAUGCUUGUUGGGUUCAUAGACAUUUUACUGAAGAUAUUCAAACGAGACAAUACCGUUCCUUAGAAGUGUUACUGAGUGCCGGUUAUGGCACUUCUGCUGAUAUAUGGAGUACUGCAUGUAUGGCAUUUGAAUUGGCUACUGGAGAUUACUUAUUUGAACCUCAUUCUGGUGAUGGCUAUACCCGGGAUGAAGAUCAUUUAGCUCAUAUUAUUGAAUUACUUGGUGACAUUCCCAAGAGAAUUGCUGCUUCAGGAAAAUAUUCAAAAAUGUUUUUUAACAAAAAGGGUGAAUUGAGGAACAUCACAGGUCUGAAGCCUUGGGGGCUAGUUUCUGUAUUAACUGAAAAAUAUGAAUGGAGUCAAAAAGAUGCUGAGGAAUUUGCUGACUUUUUGAAACCUAUGUUGGAUUUUGAUCCAAACAGGCGCGCUACUGCAUAUGAGUGCCUUCAGCAUCCAUGGUUGAAGACAUCCAUUCCAGAAAAGCAGGAGUCUGAAGAAUAAUCAUUUUGCUCUCUUUUUGUAGUGAAUGAUUAUACAUUCAUGAAAUCAAUAGUGUUAACAUACAAAGUAGCUAUUCCAACAUUUUGUUUAAAUCAAAGUUUAUUUAUGGAUUUGUUUGAGUAUAAUUUAAUUUUGUAACUAGAUUAUCUUCAUAACAAUCUUUUAUUCAUGGAGUAAAAUUGUGUGCAUAAUUUGAGGCAAUGCUGUGUUAUACAAUGUGUGUACCUUGUAUUGAGUAACAGUAGCGAAGUAUAUAAUACACGCUACUUAAAGUUUGUAGCGACAUAUUGAUCAACUAAACAUGUAACAUUGGCAUUAUUAUAGACAUCUUAAAUUAUCCAAAAUGUACAGAUAGCUUUAGGAAAAUUGUGAUGUAUGACAAGUAGACAAUAUAGGUCUUGUCACAUUAAUCUCUUAGGAAUUUAUUAGUUCAAAUAGCUCAGCACUACCACCUAGAAAGUGAGGAACGUAUUGUAAAGUCAUGCAUGCAUUCUGUAGCCAUUCAAGAAGUUUGUUGUUCACAUAGUCUAAGUUCGUGUUUCACUACACAGGAAAAAUCUCAUAUUGUAAACUUUAGGAAUAAGACAGUAUUUGUAAAGCCACACCUCCGAGACUGCCUUUUUAUAAUUCAAUGAGUCAUUUAAAUGAACAAUGGCUGGAGGCGACAGACUACCAAAGGCAGUAUGCCUGCGUCCUUUUUACCAGCUAAUAAUUAUAUUAUUUAUCAUAGAUCCCAAUUUACAUGACCAUUUGUAUUAAUUAUAUCUGCAAAUUUACAUGAAUAAAAUGUCAAAACGAGCUUGUUUAUUAUAAUUUUCUUUUAAUUUAAAUUUCCUAAUGUUU